AUCGGAUCGAAGAUUAUGAUCCGCACGCAAAAUGGUUCGGGUCGGGAUCAGGUCACAUCUGGUUAGGAUUAUAUAGAAUGAUUUGGGGAAGCAGUAAUAGUGUCUUCCCAUAGUUCCCAACAGAUCCAAGAAGCUUACCGAGUGUUGUCGGAUGGGACGAGGAGGAGAUUGUACGACUCUAUUCUUUAUGAUCCACCUGAGGAACACGAGAAAGAAGUUGCAGAUGUCGCUUAUGGCCGGCACAAGGAAAGAGCUUUAUUCUUUCAAGCAACCUGUUGGCAUGUUUCUGGAACGCACUCACCUUAAUCAUGUCAGGAGAAGCAAUAUAGCCUGGACUUGGAGGAGCUACAGCAGACGCUGCUCGAAAUGGUACAGGAUUCUGGUUCACCAUCUCAGCCUUGCCCCUUUGCCGAUGGAGGAUGUUUGUCAACUUGGAAGUGGCUUCUGGAUGGCAUGGAGUCGAAGACACCGGCACGGAGUUGUUUGGAAUUGUGAGGUUGGUGGCGGGUCUACAUUCAGCUUCGUUGCUGUCUCUGAAUACCAUGAACUUGCCUUUCAAAACGAGUCAGCAGCUACAAGCCCAGUGCUUUACCUUCUCCGCAAUCCACUUUGGACCAACCCAAUUAAGCCCUCGACGUGAACGGAAAGGAGAAGCAAAGCCAAGUCCACAGAGCUGUCUCCUACUCGGAGAGUGUGUGUGUCUGUGUGUGAGAGAGAGAGAGAGAGAAAGAGAGAGAGGAGGAGGACGUCGGAAAAGAUGCGACGAUGCUGCCGAAAGCCUUCGCCACUGCUGGUGAAGUCGACGCUUAUCAUGAUCGCGGCUGCCUCGAUAGUGGUCGGCUGCUCUGCAGCAGUAACCCCGUCGGUGCCCGACGCUCAGAUCAAAUGCGACUGCAAUCCCUGCGGCUGCACGCAGAAACCGCCGCCUCCGCCUCCGAAGUGGCCCGUACCGUAUUGUCCUCCGCCGCCACCGGCGCCGUAUCUUUACAUAGUCGGCACGCCAGGUAAUCUCUACCCGUUUGACCCCAAUUACUACCCCUCGAGCGCUCGCCGGAGCUACGCUGGGCCGAUGCCGGUCUUCCUGGUCUCCGGGCUGCUUGCCCUGUGGAAGAUUUGGUGGCUAUGACUUGUGCUGUAACAAUCAUUUAGAUUUCUGCUUCGUCUUCUUUCCAUGUUCUCAAAUCUUCUCUUUGUUGCAAGAAAAUGAAGAAUAAGUUCUGAUUUCUAAA